GAUUUCUUCUCGGGGUUGGGGCGUGUGAGGCCGAGACCCCCGCAGGGAAUCGGGGCGCGGCAGGGUCGUAACGGCCGGGAGCUGCGGGGUUAGGCCCCUCGAGUGAUGCCGUGAGGUAAGGGCGCCUUGGUGAGGGCAGGUGGGGCUCGGGCGGGCGCUCCGGCACGCCCGAUGAGAGCAGGAGGGUCGUGCUGGAGUGGCCGGGGCUUGUCUCUGCUGCUCUUGUUGCAAGUGCGCUGAAGAUGCGCAGAUUUAAAUAACAGGAUAUUAAAGAGUGAUUAAAAAAAUCCCAAGUGUUCUGCUUGCUUGCUUCCUGGAAAUCUGAUUUACCAGUACUGAACUAUGCUGAUGGGGAAGGUGGGGCGGGAAGAUAAACUUCUGGUCUUAUCUGCAGUCUGCUGGGUGCCCGAGGUGGGAAGACUGAUAAGGAGUACAGCUGUAUGAAGGUGGAGAAAAGUAGGAGUUGAGGGCUUUAGGGAGAGAAACAAUAUGGAGGUGGUGAUCCUGAGGCUAGAAGAUGAAGAGAACAGUGAGGCUUGCUCUGUCUGCCAAGGAAAUUACUGUAACGGGGCUAUGACUUUGAUUCAUGCUUUGCCGAGAAAGGUUGGACCAGGAACACUGUUCAGUCUCCCCUGCAAGAGAAUGCAGCACUGUUUCAGCUCCUGUACUGUUUCUUGGAGGGGAGAGGGAGAAAAAUCUCUGUACACUGAGAAAAUGUGUGCAAAAGAUGAUAUUGAUAUUGAUGCCCUUGCUGCUGAGAUAGAGGGUGCAGGAGCUGCAAAGGAGCAAGAGCCUCAGAAAUCCAAAGGCAAAAAGAAAAAAGAGAAGAAGAAACAAGAUUUUGAUGAAGAUGAUAUCCUGAAGGAGCUGGAAGAACUGUCAAUAGAGGCGCAAGGAGGGAAAGUUGACAGGGAACCUUCUACAGGAAAGGUUGAAAAUGACAAUGAAGAAAGCUUAUCAAAACAAGACAAAAAAAGGAAAGGAAAGAGUAAAAAAGCCAACCUGGAAAAUGACUACGACAGUGAGGAAAUGGAAGAUAAAGAUAAAAAAUCUAAAAAAGCUCAGAAAGCAAAACAAGAUAUGCUUUCUGGCAGUGAUGAUGAUGAUCAUGAAAUACAGCUUAAGAAAAGCAAAGGGAAAACUCAGAAGUCAAAUAAAAAGCAUGACUUGUCAGAAGAAGAUGAAACUAACAUUAAGAAAAGCAAAGACCGUGCAGGGGCAGUGUCUACAGGUGAGAGUGGUGAUGAAUCAGAUGACAUCUCCCAGUCUAGAAAAGGACAAAAGAAAAACCAGAAACUGAAGUCUGCUCCUGCUGCAGAAAGUGGGGAUGAUGAUGAUGAACCUUCAUUCAAAGUGAAAACAGUGGCUCAGAAGAAGGCAGAAAAAAAAGAACGUGAAAGGAAAAAACGUGAGGAAGAAAAAGCCAAACUGAGGAAGCAGAAAGAGAAGGAAGAACUGGAAGGUGGUAAAGAACCAGCCAAGCCAAAGGAAGCUCAAAAAAAGCCUGAAGAGAAGGCUUCUGAAGGCCUGGCAACCGCUGGCAAGACUCCUGCAGCAACAGAGGCUGAUGACAAUGAGGGGGACAAAAAGAAGAAAGACAAGAAAAAAAAGAAAGGUGAGAAAGAAGAAAAAGAGAAAGAGAAGAAAAAGGGUCCCAGUAAAGCCACAGUUAAAGCUAUGCAGGAAGCCUUAGCUAAAAUGAAAGAGGAGGAGGAAAGGGCAAAAAGAGAGGAGGAAGAGCGCAUAAGACGACUGGAGGAGCUAGAAGCAAAACGCAGAGAGGAGGAACGAUUAGAGCAAGAGAGGAAAGAAAGAAAGAAACAGAAGGAAAAAGAGAGGAAGGAGCGAUUAAAGAAGGAGGGAAAACUUUUAACAAAAACUCAACGAGAAGCAAGAGCCAGAGCGGAGGCUACUCUUAAACUACUUCAAGCUCAGGGUGUUGAAGUGCCAUCCAAAGACUCUGUGCCAAAGAAGAGGCCAAUAUAUGAAGACAAAAAGAAAAAGAAGCAGCAGCAGCCAGAAAAUAAAGAAGAAAUUGUGGAGGUGACUUCCCCAGCUGAAGAUGCUGUAGAACUGGAACCACCAGUAGAAGAAGAGACUCCUCUCCCGGUAGAGCCAGUUUCGGAAGAGAAGGAGGAAGAAGAAGAAACAGAAGAUGGUGGUUUGGAUGACUGGGAAGCUAUGGUUAGUGAUGAAGAUGGAGAGAAAGAGAGCAAGCCUGUUCACAUUGAAGUCAAAGAACAAAACGAAGUGGACGAGGAAGAGGAGGAGGAGGAAGAUGAGGAAGAUGAGGAAGAAGAGAGUGAAGAAUCUGAAGAUAGUGAAGGGAGUGAAGAUGAGGAUGAAAAGACCUCAGAUGAGAGAGAGGCAGAUUCCCAAGCAAUUGGAAAACAAUCUGUGGAAAAAAAGCCUAGCAAAGAAAUUAGCUCUGAUUCUGAAUAUGACUCUGAUGAUGAUCGCACUAAGGAAGAGCGUGCUUAUGACAAAGCCAAACGGAGAAUUGAGAAGCGACGAGCUGAAAACAGCAAAAACAUGAACACUGAAAAGCUUAGAGCACCAGUUAUUUGUGUCCUGGGGCAUGUAGACACAGGCAAGACCAAAAUUUUAGAUAAGCUCCGCCAUACUCAUGUGCAGGACAGUGAAGCUGGUGGCAUCACGCAGCAGAUUGGUGCGACGAAUGUUCCCCUGGAAGCUAUUAAUGAACAAACCAAGAUGGUGAAAAACUUUGACAGAGAGAACAUAAAAAUUCCAGGCAUGCUGAUAAUUGACACUCCAGGACAUGAGUCUUUCAGCAACCUAAGAAAUAGAGGAAGCUCACUUUGUGACAUCGCUAUACUUGUAGUUGACAUCAUGCAUGGUUUGGAGCCACAGACAAUUGAAUCAAUAAAUCUGUUAAAAUCGAAGAAAUGCCCCUUUAUAGUAGCUCUCAACAAGAUUGAUAGGUUAUAUGACUGGAAAAAAAGUCCAGAUACAGAUGUAGCCAUCACCUUAAAGAAGCAGAAAAAGAAUACGAAAGAUGAAUUUGAAGAGCGUGCAAAAGCCAUCAUAGUGGAGUUUGCGAAACAGGGCUUGAACGCUGCCUUGUUUUAUGAGAAUAAGGAUCCCCGCACUUUUGUUUCUCUUGUACCUACCUCUGCUCACACAGGGGAUGGAAUGGGAAGUCUGAUAGCUCUUCUCGUUGAACUAACGCAAACCAUGCUGACCAAGAGGCUGGCUGAGUGUCAGGAGCUGAGAGCUCAAGUCAUGGAGGUUAAAGCACUGCCAGGCAUGGGCACUACCAUAGAUGUUAUUUUGAUUAAUGGACGCCUGAAAGAAGGAGACACCAUUAUUGUUCCUGGGGUUGAAGGCCCCAUAGUAACUCAGAUCAGAGGUCUUCUGCUGCCUCCUCCUAUGAAGGAGCUACGAGUUAAGAACCAGUAUGAAAAGCACAAAGAGGUUGUUGCUGCUCAAGGUGUAAAGAUUCUUGGGAAAGAUUUGGAAAAAACAUUGGCUGGUUUGCCCCUGCUUGUAGCUCAUAAAGAAGAUGAAGUCCCAGUACUCAAGGAUGAACUAAUACAUGAACUGAAGCAAACACUGAAUGCAAUCAAAUUAGAAGAGAAAGGUGUUUAUGUCCAGGCUUCUACUUUAGGCUCUUUAGAAGCAUUACUUGAAUUUCUUAAAACAUCAGAAGUGCCAUAUUCGGGAAUUAAUAUAGGUCCUGUCCAUAAAAAAGACGUUAUGAAGGCAUCGGUUAUGUUGGAGCAUGACCCACAAUACGCAGUCAUUCUGGCAUUUGACGUGAGGAUCGAACGUGAUGCACAGGAGAUGGCUGAUAGUUUAGGAGUCCGAAUUUUUAGUGCUGAAAUCAUUUAUCAUUUAUUUGAUGCCUUCACAAAAUAUAGACAAGACUACAAAAAACAGAAACAAGAGGAAUUCAAGCAUAUAGCAGUGUUUCCUUGCAAGAUGAAAAUACUCCCUCAAUUCAUUUUCAACUCUCGUGACCCAAUAGUGAUGGGUGUAGUUGUGGAGGCUGGCCAGGUGAAGCAGGGGACUCCCAUGUGUGUACCUAGCAAAAAUUUUGUUGAAAUUGGAAUAGUUACAAGUAUUGAAAUAAAUCAUAAACCAGUGGAGGUUGCGAAAAAAGGCCAAGAAGUAUGUGUGAAAAUAGAACCUAUUCCUGGGGAAUCACCUAAAAUGUACGGACGACACUUUGAAGCAACAGAUAUCCUCGUCAGUAAGAUCAGCCGUCAGUCCAUCGAUGCGCUGAAGGACUGGUUCAGGGAUGAAAUGCAGAAGUCUGACUGGCAGCUUAUAGUAGAACUGAAGAAAGUGUUUGAAAUCAUCUAGAUAACUUCUUACAGCAAAGGGGAGGCAGGAAUAAGCACAGUAUUCCUGUUCUAAAAGUUACCAACAAAGUCAUAUAUUGAAGACAGUGUUGGAUGUAUGUUUGGGAGGAAAAUAAGUGGAUAAAAUGUUUUCCAUGAGAAACCAAGAAAUUUACACUGGUUUGACAGUGGUCAAUUUACACGUUCCCAUGGUUCCAAUGUGCCUGUUCACCUCUCCUAUUGCCCUUCCUACUACUGGCUGCUGUUUUAAAGUUUGCCCUUCCUUCUCUUACACCUCCCUUCCACCCUUCUUCCCUCCCUCUCUCCAGAAGAAAAUAAAAGAAAUUGAAUUUUUAUUACAGAACUAAAGCUCUUUCACUUUUAUACUGAGGAGAUCAGUACUGCAGUAUUUGAUUACCCAAGCUUCUGCAGACUUUGUGAUUCUUGGGACAUUUUUGAUGUAAGAAACUUCUUUAUUUAUGCAUACCUCUUCCCUGAGUCUCUUCUCCGACAUUCUUCUGCUUCGUGCCUCUAGAAAUUUUUUUAAAUAGAGAAUUAGGCAAUUGGCUAUUUCUGUACUUGCUUUGUGUGAUACAAUGAUGUAAGGCAUAGUUGGUCACCUUUUGCUGCUUGUACAGUUCAUGAAAGUCGACCUGUAACCAUUAUACCGCAGAGCUGCAAAUAAAGGAGAUGGACAUAGCA